AGGCGGCCGGGACGAUGUGCCGGGAAGCAGCGGGAUCCUGUGACCUCCCGGAAUAUUGCACUGGUGCCUCUCCCUACUGCCCAGCCAACGUGUACCUCCUGGAUGGCUCCUCCUGUGCCUAUGGAGAGGCCUAUUGCAACAAUGGGAUGUGCAUGACCCACCACCAGCAGUGUGUCCAGCUCUGGGGACCAGGUGCCUGGCCAGCUCCAGACGCCUGUUUCCAGGACGUGAACAUGGCUGGGAACACCUACGGCAACUGCGGCAAGGACAGCCAAGGGCGCUACGUCAAGUGUGACAAGAGGGAUGCCAUGUGUGGAAAGAUCCAGUGCCAGAGCUCGGCCAAGAAGCCCCAGGGGACCAACACGGUGUCCAUCGACACCACGAUCCGCUUCAACGGGCGCGAGGUGAAGUGCAGGGGCACCUACAUGUACACGGCCAGGGACGACGAGGACGACCUGUCAGACCCCGGGCUGGUGAUGACAGGGACCAAGUGUGGAGAUGGGAUGGUUUGCAAGGACCGCCGGUGCCAGAACGCCUCCCUUUUUGAGCUGGAAAAGUGCGUUUCCCGGUGCAACGGCCACGGGGUCUGCAACAGCAACAAGAACUGUCACUGUGACGCCGGCUGGGCUCCCCCCUACUGCCAGGAGCCGGGGCUGGGGGGCAGCGUGGACAGCGGCCCCGUGCAGCCCAACAACCACGAGGCCGCUUUGAUCGCCCUCCUCGUCGUCUUCCUCUUCCUCCUCCCAGCCCUGACCAUGAGCAUCUACUACUGGUACCGCAGGGAGAACUCCCUCCUGAACAAAUGGAUAAAGGAGAUGAGGAAGAGGAGCCAGGAGGCCUACAGGAACAAAUCCAUGGGUCGGAAGUCAAGCAACGGCCACCCCAAAGCUGCCUUCACCUUGAGGAACAUUUCCACCUCCAACCACACUGAUAAAGUGGCACGGGCGGCGUUCCUGCCCAAAUCCUGCGCUCACCACCCCGGCUCUCAGCCCGUCAACGUGGUCCACCCUCUGCGCCCGGCCCCGAAUUCCGUCGCCCCGCGGCCCAGAGACCCCAAACCUGCCAGGCCACCCCCGCCGGUCACCAGGUCACCCUCAGCGGUCACCAGGUCACCCUCAGUGGUCACCAGGUCACCCCUGGGCCACUCCAAAGCCGGCGGCUCCCAGGCCAAGCUCCCGCCUCCCAGGAAACCUCUUCCCUGCAGCCCCGUGAGGACCCCACAGGUGGUCCCAAAGCAGCAGCCCCCGCGUCGGCCCCUCCCUGGGAGUCCUCUCCUGGCCAAAGAACUGCCUCCUGCCCAUGGACAGACCCUGCUGGUCAUGGUCCCUCCUACCAACUUCCAACCGGCGGGGACGAGCGCCACGAGCCACCCCACGAGGCCCCUGAAACCGAUGCCACCUCAAAGGCCAGUCCCAGCCAUCAAAGUCCAAUCAACCUCCUUCCCCUCCAAGAAGUGACAAUCCAAGGCCACCUGAAGCCCGUCCUUCCUGAGCUGGCUCUCCUGAUUUGCACUGCUCUGCCCACAGGGGUCCUUCAUUCCCCUCCUUUUAUUUGUCUUUUGAUACCAGAGGACUAUUUUUAUAAGACAGAAUUUGUAUUCAGCACAAAAACUGGGGGGUGGGGAGGUGGGGAGGAGAGGGGAAACUGGUACUAUGACUUCACUGAAGGUUGGAGGUGGGGUUUCCACGGUGGACAUUCCAUCCUGGCAUUGCUUCCCGGCCAAUUUGCCUCCCAGCUCUGGUUUCUCCCUGACAUUGCACAUGGGCUGGGCUGGGGUGACCCGAGGGGCACGAGGACGUCCAACACUGAUGGAAGAUGCUGGUGACAGUGUAAUGUCCUUCUAGCUACCUCCUCCUUCUCCUCCUGGUGAGACCCCCCCCUCCACCACCACCCACUGCCACCAGAGCUCCAUGCUGGGGCAUCCUCUCCAGGGAGAGACAUUUGCCACGAGAGAAACACGAUUUCCAGCUUGGAUUGGGACAUUUCCACGAAGGAUCCAAGUUCUCAGGCUCCUCCUGCCCCUCCUGUCCGAUUGCACAAGGUGACAACCCUGGGGUCACCUGGAAGGAGCAGCCUCCUGGGAAGUGUUUCAAUGCCUCAAGUGCUGGUGGCACCAGCGGGUCACCAGGGUGCUUUCAGGGGGCUCAGGAGCCCCCCCCACAAACGUUGCCUGUUCCCUGCUCGUGGGCCAAGCCCAGCAGUGGCUCCUGGAGCUGCUGACACUCUGCUCUCCCAAUGGGAUGAGGAGCAGGAAAACCUCCUGCCCGUGUCAUCGGCUUGUCCAGAGGCCUCGGCCGAGCCGCUGCGUUUCUCUGUGCCUCAGUUCCCCCCGUGUGGAAAGGGGGGAGGUGAUAACCUACCUCACAGGGGUGUUGUGAGGUUGAACAAACUCAUGUCUUGAAAGGGCUUUACAAUCCUCAGAUCAAAGGUGCUGUUGACCUUGCACAGUUUUGUGCCACUUUUCCUGUGACUUGACACGCGGCUCUAUCAGGGUCUGAAACGAGAACAAAGACUUUCUACAGUC